UACAAUUUUCUUGUGUUACAUUACAGAUAUUUACAUAGUUUUGAGGAUUUUUAUCGAAAGCUCGGAUGUACUAUGUUGAGUCAUCCAAGAGGAGUUAGAUCGCGCAGCAGAUUUAGUCGCAGCAUUAUUAGGGAUGUUGAUAAGGCGUUGCCUAGCACCUCAUCUGUGGCUGAUAAAAAUAAAUGUGCAAAAAAUGAAUUGAAUGAUAAAAAAAAUAAGGAUUCUUCUGUAACAAAAAAAACAGCCAAAGCUAUUAAAGCUGAAGAAAAACUUUUAAAGAAUAAUGAAGAAGCUUCAAAGAAAGGUGAUAAAAAAAAAGAAGAUAUUGCUAAUAGUACACCACGUAAUAAACAAUCAGUGAAAUGGGAUCCUGAAAUAACAGAAACAAAAGAUCCGGUUAGAAAUUCUAAAACUAAAAAAGAAAUGAAAGAAAUUUUAAAAAAAGAGAUAAAAAAAGAGAUAGAUUCUGAUACAGUUGAUGAUAAUCAAAUUAUUGAAGAGAAAAAAGGAGAGAAAAAAAAAUAUACAAGAAAUUUAUUUGGAAAAUCAGUGCGAAAAACUACUAAAAAAGAAAAAGUUGUUAAAGUAAAAUCUGCAAAUACGGGUUUACCAGGUAUGAGAAAAAUGAGAGCUAUCAAAGAACAAAUUAAAACAUUUGUUAAAGAAAAUACUCCAUUCAAAAAGUCUAAAAGAGGAGCUUCUAAUACCCAGCAAGAUGCUUCAAAUAAAGGAAAACCCGAUGAAGAAGUACCAAAACUUACACGAUCAAAAACCAAAGAAGAUUUACCUACUAAAUCAAGGAGAGUAUCAGUAUUAAGUGAUCUGGCUGACAGUUCUUCUAUUGUCCAACUUACACAGUCUGGAGUUCUCGUAGAAAAUCUAAUUAAAAUUAAAAAGGAGGAAGGAUCUGAAAAGAAGAAAACUGUAAGAAAGAAAAAGGAUGAUAAAGAGGAGAAAGCGUCUUCAAAUGAUAUAACUCCUACACCUGUUAAUAUUGAAAAUGUACCAUUUGAUAAAGACUCACCAGUGGUUGUUGGAGAUAAUUUAGUAGUAUAUUAUGGAGAUAAACAAGCAACAACUUAUGAUGCAAAAGUUAUUAAUGUGUGUGAUAUUGAAGGAGUAAUGAAAUAUUACGUACAUUAUAAAGGAUGGAAUUCACGUUAUGAUGAAUGGAUAGAUGUAAUGCGUAUUGCUUAUAAAACUAAGGAUCCAGAACCAGGACCUGAAGUAGAUAAUGAUGCGGAUUCUUCAAAAAGUAGUCCUCCAGAACAAAAAAAUGUGGAUUCAAAAAAGGUACCAUCAACAAGUAGCAGAACCAGAAGGUCAGUUACUCCACUCACAUCAAAUUCAAAUAUAAAAAAAUCACCUUUCAGCAGUGCUCGACCUACUAGAACAUGUACUUUGACCGAUCGUCCAUUAUUCAAUAUUGAUAAUUCUGAUUCCGAUGGAGAAUACACAGUAAGUGUGGGAUCAUCCAAACAAUACAAUAAGAAAAAAGUCAUAAAAUCUGAACCUGGUGUUGUUAUAAAAACUGAGCCAUUAGAUACUGAUAAUCAGAAAAAAACGCUUUAUCCUAAGACAUAUCCUAGUAAAGAAGUACUUAUGCAGCGAAGUGCACCAAGAAAAUCAAAGGCAUGUGUGAUUAAAGUUCAUGCCAAUAAAUCUGAAGAAGUUGAAGUUAGUGAAAAAGUUACUCUUAAACCGCCGUUUGAUUUUAAUUUUGUGAUGCCACCACCAAGUGAUAGUAUAAAACCAAAUGCAGAUGAUGAAAUUGUAGAAACACAUAGUGAAAGUAAAAUAGACAAUACUAUGCAAAUUGAGCCAAAAGUUGCUCCAAAUCAUUAUUUGUCACCUAAAGAAAAAUCUGAAAGAAAUGAUCUAGAACAUAUCACAGAAUCUACAAAAUGUGGGAAUGGAGAAGUCAGAAUUAAAUCCGAGCCUUUACCAAUUCCAACAAAGUCAGAAAUUUCUAGUAUCAUUUAUUACUCAUCGUCCUCUGAAGAUGAAGAACAAAAUCAAUUAAAAAAAGUAACUGAUGUCAUCUCUUCUUCAUUAGAUGAUAAAUCUGAUGAAUCUAAAAUAUCUGGUACCGAUUUUGAUCUUAACAAAAUAAGAUCAGAAAUGAAGGGGCUAAUGCCAACUUCAACCAAUAGUAAUAAUGAUAUUAUUCAAAAUACAGAACCAUUCAUAUUGGAUCAACAAAUAGAAAUAGAAGUUCCAAAAAUUAAUGAACCAGUUACAGAUGUUUAUGAAUUUAAAGAAUCUGAAUCGUGUAAUUUUGAUACUAUUUCUUCUGUCACUGAAGACAAAUUUUGUAGAUCUAUCAGACAUGAUUCGCCAAAAUUACUUAACUUAGAAAAAUCUGAUGAGCUACCAAGAGUCAUUGAUUCUCCAGCACUAGAGGAAGUAGUUGAACAAAAUGGGUCCAUGAUACCAUUUGUGCCUAACAGCAAUAGCAUUUAUUCAUUUGAUAAUAAUGUUGAAAUGAAAGUUAAUGAAAAUUUGAACAUUAUAAAUGAAAUCGAAAAUCCAAUUAUGAGAAAUCAAUCUGACAAUGAGUCUAAUGAAUCACAAAACUUAAUGAUAAGUGAUGUUACGGUAGAUACGCCAAGUACAAAAGAAAUUGAGCAACAUUUUCAGGAUGAAUCUGUUUCCGAUUUAAAAGAUGAAGUUUUGGAUUUGUGCAUGAAACCACCUGAAUCACCACCUACCAACAUUUUUAGCAUGCCAGAGCAAAAUGAACUCAAUGGUAUGGUCAUUGAAGAAGAUGAUGAUGAUGAAGAUGAUGAUGAAUCAAAAUUGGUAAUAGCUGAAAAUGAUAAAAUAGAAACUGAUUAUCAAAUGGAUUCUGAUCUUGUGGUUAUUAGCGAAGAACAUAAUUCUUCCAAUGGACAAAUUGAUGAAAAUAUAGAUACACAUUCCCUGCCACCACUACCACCAAGUGUACACACUAAUAUUGAAUUAGAGUGCAAAAGUUCAUCUCAAGUAAAAAGAGAUAUAAGUAUACCAAAAGAUACAGAUGAUGAAAGUACUACAUCUUGUAAUGAAAGCAUUCAAAAUGCUCUUAUUCAAAGUUUCCAAAUGUAUUCACAUUUUGAAAACCAUUCGAGUCAAAAUAGACUUUAUAUGGAUAAUAUUGAUGAAAAUACAAAAUCUGGUUUUGAAUUUGAUUCAAAUUCAAGAUCGCCUACAGAUGAAGAUAGAGAAAUCAUUGAAACCGGAACUAAGCUUUCCAUUAAUGUACCUUCGAUUAAUGAUAAGCCUAAAAUAUGUGAUUUUGAAGUUGAAAAUGUUAAAGUAAAAAUUGAGAAAGAAAAAACUAUGGUGCUACCAGAAUUACAAUGUAGAGAAGAAAUAGUAGAUGAAGAUACUCUCAAUAACGCUUUAGUUAUAGAGUACAAUCGUAAAGCUGCAGAAUAUGACAUUCAUAAGCCUAGUACUAGUAAAGGUUUCUUUGAUUCGAUAAAUCAACCAGGAACGAGCAAAGAUAGUUUCUAUGAAACUGACACUAGUAGUGACACAAAAAAUAGUUUCUUUGAAGCUAGUCAAACAGUCAAAAAUGUCAUUUUUGAUACAAACGUCCCAGGAAAAAGUAGUUUAUUUGAUCCCAAUAUUCCUAGUUGUAGUAGCAAAGAUUUCUAUGAUCAAAAUAUUCCAAGUACUAGCAAAAGCAGUUUUUAUGAAAACUCUUUGCCUAGUACUAGCAAAAGUUUUUAUAAUCCUGAAUCUGAUGUAAAUAGUGUUCUAUUUUGUGAAGAAACCAUACCAGGCAGUCCAACUGGCACAUCAGAAGAACAAUAUGAUCAAGAAGAAAGAAAAAAAGCUCUUCAAGCACUUUAUGAAGAGAGAGAAGCAGCUUCAGCUAUGUAUGCUAUGAAUCAAUCUUUUCGUAGACCAAUGAUUACAUUGAUGGGUGCUACGGAAGAAGAAAUGGAAGAAUAUACUAAUAUUCUACAAAAAGAUGGUGCUCUACUUGAUCAAAGACAUUUACAGUUCUUAGCUGAGAUUUCUAGUAGGAAUCUUGGUAUAAAUAUAAAUGAACCAUCAGUUACGGAAUCACUUGAAAGAGAACCAGAGACAAUAGUUGAGAAAAUAGUUAAACCACCAGAAAAACUACAAUCCAAGCGCAGAAUUAGCAGUCAUGAACAACCAUCAAAACGCUGUAAAUUGUCUACUACUACUGCUCCUACACCUUCAGUAUCUCAUGUUGAAAAAUCAGAUGAAGAAAAAAUACCAAUACCUCUAAAAGAUGGCAAACCAUUGGUCGUAUACACUCCAGAUAUGGAUUCGGCUCAAAGGCAAGCUGUUAUAAUAGCCAAAAUGAAUGAUCUACGAAAAGAAUAUAGUACUGUAAAAGGUCGUUUAACUGUGAUUGAUCGAAGAAAGAAAAAAAUUAAAAAGCGAAAAAGGGAGCAGGCCAAAGCUGCUAGCCUGAACCAAAACAAACAUUCACAAAUAGCUAGUGGUGCUAGCACAUCUAAAUAAAAUUUUAUUUAGUUAAUUCACCUAUUAGAACUUAAGUAUAGAUAUAUAUGUUAACUAUUUGAUAUUAUGUUAUUGAAAAUGUAAUUCCAAUAAUAAUAUUAUAUACUUCAUUGUAUUUAUUUUGUUUUUAAACCUUUCAUAGAAAGAUAACUUAUUUUUUACUCAGUAGAAAAGACAUGUUUUAUGACAGCAUAUUAAAAUUUAAAAUUGUACCCUAUUUAAUGUUACCUAUUUAGUCUUAGUUCAAAGUGUCUUGUGGUUAGCACUUAGUAAACAAAAUUAUUUAUUUCAAUACAUUUUUAUAUUUAAAAUAUGAUUUGAGUUUAUUUAACAGUCAUUUGAGUUUUUUUCAUUAUGUUUAUAAUUUGUGAGCGUGCAAAGGAAAAUUGUGCCUUAUGAAGAUCUUACUAGUAUGUAAAUACUAAAUAGUAUUUACACACCUAUUUUGUUAUUAAAAUUAAGUGUUUUUCUAUUAUUAAACUAUUUAAUUAUUUUUUAUUCAAUAAGAUAUUUGAUUGUACUCUAGCUCUAGUUAUAAUGCCAUCAUGCCCUAAUUUAUUCAAAAACCAUAAAUUAGUACCAUAUUAUGUUCUUAUAUUUACUGAACAUUAUGAAAUUAUUUAAACUUUAAUGUAUUAUUAUUAUAUAGAUGGUUCUUAAAAAUGUUGUUUAUGUAGGUAACUUAUAAAUUAUACAAUCAUUAAUGUCGAAACUAAGUUUUGUGUUUAUUAGAAAAUAAUUUGUAAGAAUAAUUUAAAAGUAUUUUUAUGUAAGAAAAAUGUGGAAUUCAAUAUUUAUUUAUAAUCUUAUUUGUGAAUGGGCAUAUAGGGUGGAAUAGGAUGGAAAGUCAACCUAACAAACAAAUAACAAUUUUUAAAAAAAGUCCAUUUAUGUAUACAAUUAUUAUUAUUGAUAUUAGACAUAAUUAUAUAGUAAUUAUAUUAUUUAAUAUUUGUGAUAAUAAUGUACUCUAAUUUAAUGUUACAUCCUCUAGCCAUAGAUGCUUUAUGAGCUGAUAGCCGUGGACAGAUUAUAAUAAAAAUAAAACAACUUCGAUUCCACCAA